GAAUUCUUUUUUGUCCAAACGAGCGACAGCCGGAAAGGCAGGAGAGGAGAGGAGAGGAGACUGGACACAGAAAGAGCAGGAGAGGGACGUCGAAACUAGAGAGGGCGAGCGAGCGAAAGCUGGCCUUUGAUCUGAAGCUUAGGAUCUGCAGAGGAAAGAUAUUCAAAUUCUGCAUGAUAUCGUCAUCAAGAGCUUUCUUGGGUUUUGCUUGCAUGCAAGAAAGAAAUGGAUCACGGUCGCUAUGGUCAUCAGCAAAGAUGGGAUAAUAACAGCGCUCUGGAGGGGUAUGGUGCAGUCCACGAGCCAAACUUUCGGGCCAAUGGUUCAUAUGAUGAGAGGAGGUUUAUAGAUGAAAGAUGCUCAAGGGACAACGUCUAUCCAAGAAACUCUUUUCACCGUGAUGUUCUAGAUGGGGAUAACUAUCCACCUCCACCUCCUCAUGCUGUUGGUGUCUGGCCACACUCAAGAAGGAGAAGUUAUGAGGAAGAUCUUCCAAUUGAGAGGGAAACUAGGCGACAUGAGAAGCAAUACAUGGAUUCAUAUCACGAGAUGGAUAACUUUCUUGAUCAUGACAGCGAUACGUUUCAGGAUUUUGAUAAAUUUCGGGAUAGCUAUCGUAGUGUCAACUAUCGUGAUCCUGGGUUUGACAGGAUUGCUCGGUUUGGUGGACGUGAUCGUGAUGAUUAUGCUUAUGAUGAUUUUGACUCUAGGCCCCGUUCUACCCAUCAGAACAGGGAGGAUAGUCGUGAAAGGGAUUAUGACUAUGGUCGAUACAGUUAUGAUUCUGAUUACGAUGGAAGUAGUAGGAGAGAUGGCAAUUGGAGGUGUCGGGGAUCUCGUGAAUCUCGUGACCGAGAGCGUGACAAGAAAUGUUUGAGUAGGGAGACAGAACAGAGUCCACAUAGAAGGCAUGAGCAGUCCCGUUCUCGGUCCAUUUCUCGUGGGCAUGAUGAUCGCCCUAGAUCAAGGUCCCCUAGAGGUCGAAGCCAUGGGCGAAGUCAUCGAGAGGACAGCUAUGAUGAUGGACGGUACGAGGGAACUGAUAAGCGAAGGGAUCGUGAUGAGAAACGCCAUAGAGAACAUUAUUCUGUGGCCCCAUCUGCAACUAUUGUUGUGAAGGGUCUUUCCCAGAAGACAAAUGAGGAAGAUUUAUACCAGAUCCUUGCUGAAUGGGGACCCCUUCGACAUGUCCGUGUGAUCAAAGAACGUAAUUCUGGCACUUCUCGUGGUUUUGCGUUUAUUGAUUUUCCUUCUGUGGGAGCAGCACGCGCUAUGAUGGACAGCAUGGGGGAUGAAGGGCUUGUGGUCAAUGACAGGAAGCUUUUUUUCGAGUAUAGUAGUAAGCCAACUGGGGGUGCAGGUGGAUCUUUUGGUCAGGAGAAUUCCAUUAAAUUAGGCCAUAAUACCCAUAAUACCCAUAAAAGCACCACAAUGCCAUCUGAUUGGAUGUGCAUAAGUUGUGAAUAUGUUAAUUUUGCACGGCGCACUUCCUGUUUUCAGUGCAAUAAGGCACGAACUGAGGAUGCUCCUGCAGCAGAUAUUUCUUUGUCCAAUCAAAUGACUUCAGCAAAGAAGGGGUCUGAAGCUGGUCCUACUCAUGUCUUGGUUGUUCGUGGACUGGAUGAAAAUGCUGAUGAGGAAAUGCUGCGCUAUGAGUUCUCCAAACAUGCUGCAAUUAAGGAUCUUCGUCUUGUUAGAGACAAAUUUACUCAUGUUUCAAGGGGGUUUGCUUUUGUACAUUUCCAUUCGGUAGGAGAUGCUACAAAAGCUCUUGAAGCAACAAAUGGAACAACACUUGAGAGGAAUGGGCAAAUUUUGAGAGUAGCAUAUGCAAAGAGCGUUCUUGGUCCAGGAUCUUCACAGUCAAGCAGCCUGGCAGCUGCUGCGAUUGAGGCAGCCACAUUUGCCCAACAGUACGAUGCUGUUGGAUGGGCUCCAAAGGAAUAUAAUCCAGAUGACAAACAAUCCACUGCAGGGAACGAGCAAAAUGGCGGGGAGAUGGCAGUACAACAAGAUGGUUUGGCUCCACAAUCUGGUUUUGUGUGGGAUGAGGCAUCUGGUUAUUACUAUGAUGCUGCUUCUGGGUUCUACUAUGACCCAAAUACAGGCCUUUACUAUGAUGGUAACAACGGCAUUUGGUAUACAUAUGACAACCAAACUCAGCAGUACAUCCCUUGCACUGAUCAAAAUGAUAACAAAACAUCUGCUGAUCAAUCUGAGCUUUCCAAGGCAUCGGAUGGUUCAAGUAAUAGAAAAGCAGUCAUUUCUGCUCCAGCUACAACCUCAACAUCUGAGAAGGCUGCAUCAUUACCAGAUGCAGUCCAGGCUGCUGCAGCAGCAGCAAUAGCUGCAGAGAAAAGGGAAAAGGAAAAGGCAAAAGAGAUCAAACUGGCUUCAAAGAGCAGUAUUUUGGCAAACAAGAAGAAAAUGAGUAAUGUGUUGACAAUGUGGAAGCAAAGGAGUCACGAAGGGCAAGCAACCCGUGUAGCUCUGGAUGACAACCAGCCAAGUGGUUCGGCUGAUGAUAGACCAGUUUCUUCUGUGCAGUCUGCAAAGAGCAAGUUUAAAACUAAUGUGACAAAGGAGAAUACUACAUCCAGUUCAGGGGUUACUGCAACUGUUUCUGCUGCACAGAUUACAUCCAGUUCAGGGGUUACUGACACUGUUUCUGCUGCAGAGACUGUUGGUUUGGAGUGUUCAGUUAUGCCAAGGCCUGUGAGUAACAGUAUAAGAGGGACAGUGAUGGGAGUCAUAAGGGGAUCUGGAAGAGGUGUAGUGAAAUCAGAUGCCUCGUUUUCAGGAUCAAGUGUUGGAGUUUCCAUGCCUUCAACUUCUGCUCCCGGCAUGGCAGGUUCAUCUGCAUCAACAAAUGCAGUCACCCCCACAGUUUUGACACCCUUUAGAACGGAUGCAUCUGCAUUGGGUUCUUAUACACCAGCUGUUGCUACUGGGAGUGGAAAGAGAAGAUUUUCUGAAAUGCCACUAACUCCUGCUUCUGCUCCUAAAGAACCUCAUACUGCGUACAGGGAUCGUGCAGCCGAGAGAAGAAGCUUAUAUGGUUCAUCGGUGUCUUUUAGUGAUGACGUAUCUGACCUUGGUUUUGCAGAGUCAAAUCAAGAUUCUGCGUCAAGAAAGGGUUCUUUUGAUUCAAUGCCUUUUCCCCCUGGUGUUGGUGGAGGACGUGGGGUUGGAGAUGCUAACAUUGACAGUUACGAGGUGAUUACAGCUGAAAAAGCAAUUGAUGAGAGCAAUGUGGGCAACAAGAUGCUUCGCAACAUGGGCUGGCACGAAGGCUUGGGGUUAGGAAGAGAUGGAAGCGGAAUGGUAGAACCAGUGCAGGCUCAGUCCGUGGAACGGAGAGCAGGACUUGGGAGUCAGCAGAAGAAGUUAGAUCCUACUCUCGAGGUGCAGGCCGGAGAUAGUUACAAGACUCUCAUUCAGAAGAAGGCACUGGCCAGGUUCCGGGAGAUGUCUUAAGGCACCGAUAAAGUUGAUCUUUAUUGUGUUCGACUUUUUCCUUGAAGUAGAUAUAGCCGAUAGUGUCUCCUUAAGGAAUAUGAUUCGAACAAAGCGAUGGAAGCAGUCGUAGAGCAACUAGUCUAUGUCGUAGUGAUGUGGUAUUGUCCACGCUUUGCUCCUUGUAAAAACUCGCAUUCUAGCACUACUUAAAAUUUUCAGUUUUUCAAGAAUACAAUUGCACAUUUCGUCCAUCCA